GAGACACAGGCAGCCCGUCCCAGUGACUUGGCAAAAGCUUCUUCGCCAUGCUGCCCACUCCAUGUUGAUCAGCUUCAAACAGGUUUCUAACUGGAAGGAUGAUCCAUUAUUUCCAUGCUCUGCCUCUGUGGUGAUCUCUAAAGUCAGCUUUGACUGUCCUUGCUGGAAGAAGAUUCAGGUUAUAUUCUGAGCUGAACUCAAUCAUGGUACGCAAUGUGGAUGACCUGGACUUCUGCCUGUCCUCCCACCCUCAGAGCAUCCUGGAGGGCUUGCGCUCCCUCUGCUCUCAGCCUAAACUUGUCGAUGUUACGCUGAGCGCAGGCGGCCGGGAUUUCCCUUGUCACCGUGGCGUGUUGGCCCUCUGCAGUAUGUACUUCCGCUGCAUGUUCUCGGGGGACUUUGUGGAGAGCAUAGCGGCACGUGUGGAGCUUCAGGAUGUUGAUCCGGAUAUUCUCAGCACUCUGCUGGACUUUGCAUACACAGGCAAACUUACUAUUAACCAGAGCAACGUGGAGGGCUUGAUCUGUACCUCCAGUCAGCUACAGUUCCAGACAGUGAGAGCCGUGUGCAGCAAAUAUCUACAGCACCAGAUUGAUGCAACAAACUGUCUCGGCAUCCUGGAGUUUGGCGCCAUCCACGGCUGUCCUGAGGUGAUGGCCAAAGCUUGGGCUUUCCUAUUGGAGAACUUUGAGGCUGUGCAACAAGGUGAGGAGUUUCUUCUGCUGGAAAAGGACAGAUUAGUUGCGUGCCUAUCAGAUGAAGGACUACAGAUCAGAUCAGAGUGCACCCGUGUGGAAGCCAUCCUGAAGUGGGUCAGACACCACACAGAGUCUCGGCUCUGUCACCUCCAUGAGCUCCUCAGCUUGUCCCGUCUCUGUCUGCUCAGUCUUGACUACCUCUCUGACUCCCUGCUGAAGGACAGUCUGGUGCAGGCCUCUCCCAGCUGCAGAGAGGCUGUGGAUAAAAUCCACAAAGAGAAAAUGGAGACGGCUCCAGAACUCAUGGACCGACUCAAUGCUCAGAGUCCACAGCCAAACCUGCAAGAGGUGCUGUUUGUGAUGGGGGGUCGUUCACUGGACGACUCUGAUGAUGAGUCAGAUGAAGAAGAGGAGAGGGACCCCAGACUGCAGAGACUGCUGCUCAGGAACUGUGCCUUCUACAACACCAAGACAAAACAGUGGCACGAGCUCCCAAACUUCCCCAACCCUAACAAGUGGGGUUACUCCAUGGUGUCAUUAAACAAUGAUGUGUAUGUCACAGGGGGCUCACGAGGUACGAAUACCAAUACCUGGUCAACCACAGAGACCUGGAAGUACAUCACAAGGGAGGGGAGGUGGGUAACUGUGGCACCCAUGCUUCGGGCACGGACUAACCACACAUCAGCAACCCUCAACGGGGAGAUUUACGUCAUUGGAGGUACAACGGCAGAUCGUGUUGAAGUUGAGCAUUACGACCCUUAUAGCGACACAUGGACCUUGACGUGCCCCGCCCUGAAAUAUGUGACCAACUUCACCGCCACAGCUUGUCAUGGGAAACUCUAUGUGAUUGGUUCAUGUGCUGUGAAAUACAAUGCUUUAACCAUGCAGUGUUACAACCCUGUUAUAGAUAGCUGGACCAGCAUUUGUUCCCCCUUUAUCCCCAAGUACUUGUCUUCUCCUCGUUCUGUCUGCAUGGAUGGAACCAUAUAUCUGGUUGCUGACAACACUAAGAAAGUUUACUCUUAUGAUCCAGAGGCAAACAUGUGGCAGAAGGUCCAGCUUCUCCACAUGCUCCAUGAGAAUGGCGGCCUGGUAACAUUAGAUGGCAAGCUGUUUGUCACAGGAGGCCACUGGAAAGGUAUGGAGGGGGACUACGGGGUGGAAGUGGAGAUUUACAACCGAGCGUCCAACACCUGGGAGGUGGAGUGCUUCCUUCCAAGGCUCUGGUUUUACAGCGGAGUCUGCACCAUCUUCCUCGACCCAUCCCAGUGGCCUGAGCUCUUCCUCAUAGAUUCAACAUAAAGGCCUCAGGGACUGAGAGGACUAAACUCAGGGUCAAAGAGUUCACUAUCAUACCUCUGUGACAAUUCAGGUGGCAUGUUUAUCCCAGGAUGUCAUUGUGUCCUAGUAUAGUUUGUUACAUGAUGACGAGGUUGUUUUUAGAGCAUUGCUUGGCUGCUGUUCAGUCUAUUUAUACUUUGUAUCAUGUGUUUGAAAAAUGAUAUCUUUUUGCUGAUUCACUAUGUUCAAGUGGCAGCCAUUUUUCUCUGACAUCACUCUUAGGUUGGAAACUGAAAUAAAGUUUUAAGCCAUAAUACAGUCCAAAAAAUAUUAGAAAACUGUUUUAAAGUCAUAGUACUGUAUACUAAGUUGCAAGUUGUAUGAAUGGAGGGUCGCUUACUGAGUAAAUGAUCACCUGAAAAAUAAAUAAUGAUGAAAUCUGGAAGGAAGCUUUACCAUAAUUUAAUGUCUUCAAAACUUAUUUGAUGAAUUAUUGACUUUUACAUACAAUUAAUUCUGACAUUCAAAGCCUUGUAGUUAAAAUAACAUUAAAUAACAUUACCUUAGCUAAUGUGUGUAUGCUCGAAAUAUAAGCCUUAUUUGAUGCAUUUUUUUAGACUUCCAUUGGGAAAUAUUGUCUGACUUUAGUUUGUUUCAACUUAAAGUAUGAUAAGAUUUCCAAUAGUUUAAUUGUUCAUUAUCUUUCCAGUUGCUGAUAGUAUUAGUAGUGAAUUUGUGAAGAUGUAAGAAACCAAAAUCUAAACCAACAUGACCCUAAUCUGUGUCUAACAACCACUUAUAAAGUAAUAAAACAGUAAAAUGACAUCUGCUCUUCCUUGCUUGAGCAUUCAUUCAGAUAAAAAUUGGUCAAUAAAAGGUGUCUGUGGUUCAUUAAAUCUUUCUUUAAAUAGUUAAUAGCUCAUGCUUUGACAGUAAUGACUAUAAGGAUUAUUAUUUUUGUUGGUUCUGUAUCAAGUGUUUGGAUCUAGAGGUGAAUUUUUUAAUAAAAUGUGUUCUUAAAUUU